CUGAAAGCUGAAAAUUUCCCUAGACUGGAAGGGGGGGAAAAGUGUCCGGACAGGAAGGGGGUGAAAGUGUCCGGACUGGAAGGGGGGGAAAGUGUCCGGACUGGAAGGGGUGAAAGUGUCCGGACUGGAAAGGGGGAAAGUGUCUGGACUGGAAGGGGGGGAAAGUGUCCGGACUGGAAAGGGGGAAAGUGUCUGGACUGGAAGGGGGGGAAAGUGUCCGGACUGGAAGGGGGGGAAAGUGUCUGGACUGGAAGGGGGGGAAAGUGUCCGGACAGGAAGUGGUUAGCAUUGUCAGGCUGGGGGGGAGGGGAGCGUUAGAUGGACUAGCAG